AUGAAGAGGAUCUUGAGCUCUCUGCUGGGGCUUUUGUGCAUCCACAUUUUCUGUGUGAGAGGGAUGCAGGUGGAGCAGAGUCCUCCAGCCCUCGUCCUCCAGGAGGGAGCCAAUUCCACUCUGUCGUGCAGCUUUUCUGACUCAGUGACCACUGUGCAGUGGUUUCGCCAAGAUCCCGGGGGACGCCUCGUCAACCUGUUCUACAUUCCUUCAGGGACAAAGCAGAAUGGAAGAUUGGAGGCCACGACAGUCCCUAAGGAACGCCACAGCUCAUUGCACAUCUCCUUUUCUCAGCCCACAGAUUCAGCUACUUAUUUCUGUGCUGCAACCCACACUGCUCCCCAGGCACCUGCAGCUGCUACACAAACCCUCAGCCAGGAGCACAUGAAGGGCCCACUGCAGCGGCCUUUUCACAGCUUAGUGUUGCUUAUCUACAUUGGAGGAGCUGAGCCUAAGGAUAAUUCUCAGGAUGAAAUACCCUGCCAUCUCACCGCUCUCCACCUGGGAUACGCACUGUCACUGUGUCCAGUGUUUCCUUCCUGUGGGCGCCCUCUGUUCAUUUGUUACUUAGCACUCAUGCUGCUGUCGGGAUGCUUGUCCAGAACUCUUAACACAGUCUUUCUGCACCAGGAGAUCCUCCAGAACAGCACCGUCAGCCUCCACACAGCCUAG